GGUCACGAUUGACGCAAAAACAACAUGGCGACUGCCAUGGAACUGUAUUGCUGGAAAGGAGACUGGGAUUUACCUUCGGUGGAUCCCGACUGCCUCACUGUCCUGGCGUAUGCUAGAUUCUCAGGAGCUCCUCUUAAAGUACACAAGAUCACUAACCCUUGGAAGAGUCCCACAGGAGGUUUACCAGCCUUGAAGACAAAAGAUGACGGCUAUAUAUCACAACCUCAUAAAAUGAUUAUUCACUUCAGGAAACAGAAAUACAAUGCUGACUAUGACCUCUCUGCUAAGGAGGGUGCUGAUACACUGGCUUUCAUUUGUCUCAUGGAGGAGAAGUUCCUUCCUGCACUGAUUUACACAUUAUGGGUAGACUCAAAGAACUAUGUGGAUGUGACACGUCGUUGGUAUGCAGAAAAUAUACCGUUUCCACUGAAUUUCUUCUUGCCUAACCGUAUGCACAGCUCUUUCCUUGAUCGUCUAAGAUUGAUCAAAGGGGAUAAUGGACUUGAACCUGGAGAAGAGGCAGAGAAAGAGCUUUAUAGAGAUGCUGUGGAAUGCAUGACACUUCUGUCCCAACGGCUGGGAAAUCAGACUUUCUUCUUCGGCCAGUCGCCUUCCUCUUUGGAUGCACAUGUGUUUGGACUUCUGGCUCCCCUCUUGAAGAUGAAACUUCCGAGCAAUAAACUGCAGCAGCAUCUCAAGUCUCUGGACAACUUGUGCCACUUUUGCAGCAACAUUCUCACUCUAUACUUUCCACCAGAAGGAGCUGAUGGUCCAUCAAGAAAAGCAUCAAGCCCUCACGGUGGUGAACACUCCGAUUUUGACAAUGAACCACAUAAACGUCGUAACCAAAUCCUUUCUGUGUUGGUGGCAUUGGGUGCCAUGCUGAGCUAUGCCUUUUUAACUGGAAUUGUAUCAGUGCAUCGAGUAGCUUCACACCAUGCCGUGCAAAAAACAGAUGCAGUACAUAUUGGAGAGGAUGAAGUAAAUGGUGAGGAUGAGUGAAAGUGCUGGGGCUUGACUUGGAGAUCGUAUAUAAGGGGUUCAUUAUAAACUGAAGAGUCAGUAUACAAAGUUACACCAAUGUAUUUGCCAUCUUUAUUUUUGUAAGGCUGAUUUAGGAACAGGGUGCUAUUUUUGAAAUACAGAUGCACUUAAUACUGUAUGCUAGUUUAAUCAUGAAGGUGACAACAACAAUGCAUGUUUGGUAAAGAAGCAGAAUCUGUAUACUACAAGAAGAAGAACAAGCACAGUUAUCUGUGUCCUGUAUUCUAAGAAGAACAAUGAUAAGUGUUCUUGUUAGAUACAAUAUGUUUGAAAAUAAGAUACUACAUGAUCACAAAGAGCUUUCAUUAAUCAUCAGAAGGGUAUGUAAAUAUUUUUUUCUGAUAUGUGCAUUGACAUGUGCAUAAUGUCUUUCUGUGAUCUGUUGAAGAGCAAAAGGGGUCUUCCAGUUCUGUUUAGGUGGUGAGGUCUUCAGCUAGGCCUUCCUCAGCUAGUUUAUUAGUGGCAACAUUAAAUACAAAUUUCUUUUUUUUUGCUGAAAUAACAAUUCCAUGUCAUUUUCUCUGAACUUCUUCAUAUGGUACAGGUAUAAACUGUAAGGCAUAUUUUUUUAUCAAUUGUAUUAGAAAGGGACCCUUGUUAAUGUUUCUUUAAAAUAUCUGUAUAAAAUAUUUCACCCUUACAAAUUUUCUGUAAUUUUUCUUUAAUAAAUUGUAGCUAGAGUGCUUUUACAAAACAAAUAUAAAAAAUGAUAAUGUGAUGGGAAUCAGAUUUUUCAUGCUGUCAGCAGGUUCUGACAUUAAAAUGUUCAUCAUCAUAAAACUGGUAUAUGGCCAUGUUACUGUAACAAUAAAUAUUGAGCAAAUACAUCCUGUAUACUUAAAUGAAUAAACCGAGAAUCAGUAUA